AUGCAACAAAUAAUAGCCGGUCAAGAAAUAAAUAUUGAAAACUUACCACUUGAAGAAGAAGGCAAGCAAGAGUUGCGGAUGAUUCAACAACAAAUUAAAUCUCAACAACCAAUUCCUUUGCCUGAUAAUUCUUCUCCAAGUGUUCUAGAAGAUUAUCAACCGCCAACUAACCAACCGCAGAAAAUUUGUGCUAGUUGUUCCCGAGAAAUUCCAAUCGGACAAGGUUAUUUUCGUUAUAAAGAUGAAGGAACCAAUAUCUGUACCAAUUGUUAUAAAUGCUUUACUUGUCAAAGAUCGCUAGAAAACCAGCAACUAAUUUAUCACCUUGAUAAUAAUUUAACCAAAGCCAAUUGUGCUGAUUGUCACUGA